AUGUCAGACCCUACACCUGCCCAGGAGGAGUUCUCCACUUUUGUCGACAAGAACAACCGCUCUGAUCUUGACGGAGUCCAUCCCGAGGACCGUGAAACCGCCACACGAGACCAAGACGGCGAGCGCAGCGAGGACGAGGAAGACCGCUACCGUGCGUCCAAGAUUGACGCCGCCAUGCGGCUACCAACCAGAGACACCCGCGCCGAAAUCAGGCUGCCGCCAGCGGAGUUUGAUAAGGGCCGCUCGACCGGCGUGAAGGGCGUCAUUGCCGACGCGAGAUCGUAUGAGACGGCUCGUCAAACGAAGUGGAAGGACCGGGUACGAGCGGCCAGGCGCAGCGUCUUUGGCCUAGACAGUGGCCGCCAGCAGCAAAGUAGUGAGCCCGAGAGCGACAACAGCGGGCCUGAAGACCCGGAGGAGGCUGCUUUCCUUGAACAAUGGCGGGAAAACCGAAGGCGCGAGCUUGAGGAGGAGAGCAGGAAACCUGUUCGCAACCGGAGGACGAGUCCCAGUAUCCGCCUGUACGGGGACUUCGACAAAGUUGAUGCCCUCGGGUACCUAGACGCGAUAGAGAAGGUCGGCCGGGACACGACAGUAGUUGUCUUUGUCUACGACUCCGAGUGCGACGUUUCAGCUGUGAUCGAGUCUGCUCUCGCCCCGCUUGUGACUGUGUACCCAGCUGUGCGCUUCGUCAGGGUCCAUUACGAGGACAUCGAGUUCGACAAUGCAGGCGUGCCCGCGAUCCUCGCCUACCGGAAUCAAGGCGACCUAUUCGCCAACCUUACCGGCAUCCUAGAGCUGAUCUCGGACGAGGAAGAGGUGGACACAGAUUCCGUUAGAAAAUUGUUCCUCAACAAGGGAAUUCUUUGA